CAGAUGAUGAAGGAGAAGCUGGAGGAGAUGAACAGACACAUCUCAGCUCUUUCACACACAAUCAAAGACACGGAGGAGAUGAUGAAAGCCAGUGACGUCUGCUUUCUGAAGGAGUUUCCAGUCUCAAUGGAAAGAGUCCAGAUCUCAUCACAGCCGGAUCCACAGACUCCUUCUGGAGCUUUGAUUCAUGUGCCACGUUACUUGGGCAACCUGCCCUUCAGAGUCUGGACGAAGAUGCAGGACAUGGUCCAGAACAGUGAGUCUGACUGCAGAAGAUCUGAGCUCGCAUACACACACACUGGAAAUGAUGCAAUAUUGACAGAUUUCAGCAUUAUGUGUGAAGAACCAGAUCAUCUGCUGCACCAAAAUCAGCAGCUUCACUUUAGAAAGGGCAAACACACUGAAGAUACUGAAGAACAAACAGAGUUGAUUGAAGAAAAUGAGGACAAUGAAGAAUUUAGUAAAGUUGAGGGAAAAAAUCAAUUCAAAACUGGAGAAAAACUUUUGAGUUGCUGUCAAAGCAAACAGAUAAUAUUAAGGAAAACAAGAGCCAAGAAAUCUUUCACCUGCACUCAGUGUAGAAAGAGUUUGACAUGCAAAUAUAGUCUUGAUGUUCACAUGAGAGUUCAUACUGGAGAAAAACCUUACAAGUGUUCACACUGUGACAAGAGAUUCAGGCACUCAGGAGCCCUGAAAAUACAUGAGAGGAUCCACACUGGAGAGAAACCUUAUAAGUGUUCACACUGCAGCAAGAGAUUCAGUCAGUUAGGAAUCCUGAAAACACACGAGAGGAUCCACACUGAAGAGAAACCGCACACAUGUGAUCAAUGCGGGAAGAGUUUCACACAAAAAAGAAACUUCAUGGAGCAUAUGAGAGUUCAUACUGGAGAGAAACCAUUUACUUGUGAUCAGUGCGGGAAGAGAUUCUCACACUCAGCACACCUUAAGAGACACACAAACAUCCACACUGGAGAGAAACCAUAUGCAUGUGAUCAAUGCAACAAAACUUUUACUACAGCAAAGUGUUUAAAACGGCACCAGAGGAUUCACACUGGAGAGAAACAUUAUAAGUGUUCACACUGUGACAAGAGAUUCAGUCGGUCAGGAACCCUGAAAACACAUGAGAUGAUUCACACUGGAGAGAAACCAUACAAGUGUUCACACUGUGACAAGAGAUUCAGUCGGUCAGGAAUCCUGAAAACACACGAGAGGAUCCACACUGGAGAGAAACCACACACAUGUGAUCAGUGCGGAAAGAGUUUCACAAUAAAAGGAAGCCUUACAGCACAUAUGAGAGUUCAUACUGGAAAUAAACCGUUCACUUGUGAUCAGUGUGGAAAUAGUUUCUCACAAUCAGCACAUCUUAAGGAUCACAUGAACAUCCACACUGGAGAGAAGCGGCACACAUGUGAUCAAUGCAGCAAAACAUUUUUGAGAGCUUCAGAACUUAAAAAACACCUGGUAGUUCAUACAAAGGAGAAGCCCCAUUCAUGUUAUUUGUGUGGAAAGAGUUUUUCAUUACUACAGAAGCUGAAGAAGAGACGGUAA